GUACCAUGGUUCAAACAUUGAACAAUAUGGAGGAGCUUAGAAAUUCUUCGUUUGGUCGUCCCUCACCCAGGCACGGACUCAAGCUCCUUUUCUGGUUCGCCAACGAUUACAUCGACAUCAAAGAUGACAACCAGAUGGUUGCAAAUUACAACCCCAAAGAGGGCGACUUUGGAUUCCAUCACUUCCAGAACAGACGUGAGUGUGAAAACAAUGUCUGCAAGAGGCUGCUUCCUUUUAGUAAGUACCCAUUCUAUGACGUGGGCAACCUCUACCUCCCAACAUCUAAAUCCUUGCCUAAAUAUGUCAGGAAGUCGAACACUGGUGCCAAAAAUGACAGAAACAUGGACCGCCUCAUCAUCAGUAUGCGUUCAGACAGGAUAGUGGAUAAGGUCUAUGUGACCCAGCACGAGGACCAGAAGAGCUUCGACCCGGUCAACACCUAUUGCAUCAGCAGGGAGUUGCUCAUGAUCAUAUGUGGCCAUUCAUUGAAUAACUUCCUGGAACAGGCGGGCUAUAACACCCAAAAUGUAAUCGCCCCCAGGGAGUCUGGGGAUACCAGGAUUGAUAUGGAAGGUGGAUGCAGAGCUCCACCCAGAGCUGAACCCAGAGCUGCACCAGGCUUCUGGGAAAGCUACUGUACCAUACUGUAACCAGGCUUCUGGGAAAGCUACUGUACCAUACUGUAACCAGGCUUCUGGGAAAGCUACUGUACCAUACUGUAACCAGGCUUCUGGGAAAGCUACUGUACCAUACUGUAACCAGGCUUCUGGGAAAGCUACUGUACCAUACUGUAACCAGGCUUCUGGGAAAGCUACUCUACCAUACUGUAGAUCAGUGUCCUUUAGUCCUGGUCCUGGGGACCCUGAAGGGGGGGACGUUUUAGUUUAUUGCCCCAGCACAUUGCUGUUCAUUAUGGUAUGUUCAGUUCCACUAAUACAUUUAGUCGUUUAUCAGACACUAUUAUCCAGAGUGACUUCAGUGCAUUAAACUAAAGGCAGAUGAACAACAACAUCCUGUAUCACAGUCAGAGGAAGUCAACUGUUUCUGUUACCAUUACUGAGAGGGUUGUUGCUGUUGGGUUCUGCUACUGGCUAAUGUACUUCUGUAUGUUAAAAUACAAAAUACAUGCAUUUUAAUUAAAUACGCUUCAAAAUACAA